UAAUAAUAAUAAUAAUUACAAGCAGAUGAGAUUCUAAAUCUAAUCACAACCCCAAUCGACUUCCGUUUGAAGAGUCGCGCUUCAAUCUUGUUCGGAGUCGCGCUGAACUCCAUUGACCGGAAAACGCAGCCGGAUUUCGCCGUCGUAAGGAGGAAGGCCACCACAGACAGUUAAGUAUUUGAUUGGAAAUUCUAUAUUCUUUAUAGGAAAGUUUUAGAGUAUAAGAAGAAGCUUCAAUGGCCAAGAAACCUGCACCAAGAUCCAGUAAAUUAUCUGUCUACCUGUACGUUCCUAAUAUCAUUGGAUACAUCCGGGUGCUUUUGAAUUGUCUUGCCUUCUCUUUAUGUUUAACAAACAAAAUUGUUUUCCCUAUUCUCUACUUUUUCAGUUUUGUAUGUGAUGCUGUGGAUGGCUGGUGUGCUCGAAGAUUCAAUCAAGUAUCAACAUUUGGAGCUGUGCUGGAUAUGGUAACAGACAGGAUUAGUACUGCUUGUCUUCUUGUAGUUCUAUCCCAAUUAUACAAGCCUGGCCUGAUCUUCUUGUCAUUGCUCGCCUUAGACAUUGGCAGCCACUGGUUUCAAAUGUACAGCACUUUCUUGGCUGGCAAGGCUAGCCAUAAAGAUGUAAAAGACAGCACCAACUGGCUUUUCAGGGCAUAUUAUGGAAAUAGGAUGUUUAUGGCUUACUGCUGUGUCUCAUGCGAGGUUCUUUACCUGAUCAUGUUUUAUCUUGCGGAGAAUGAAACAGAGACAUUGGUGGAUGUUUUAUCAAGUAAUUUACAAAAGAUAACCCUAAUCUCUUUCCUAAUUGCCACAAGUUUAUUUGGAUGGGCAACCAAGCAAAUUAUAAAUGUUAUUCAGAUGAAGACAGCCGCAGACAUGUGUGUGCUUUAUGAUAUCAACAAAAAACAGAAGUACUGAUGUUUACUCUAUGUCCACGAAGCCCUUGUCCUUGCCUUUGCCUUCUAGUACAGUUUUGAGCUAAAAGUUUAAUAUUAUUAUCUUAGAUGGCAAUUGAGCUUGAAUUGUUCAGUUUUCAAUUGUUUGUAAUGAAAGAAAUACUGAAAGGGAACGAUGCUGAAUUAGAAAAUCCAACCUUGCAUGUAGCAUACAAUUCAGUAGCACAAGGUUCGUUGCCUUUUUGUUCACUAAUCACACUACAACAGAUUUGUUCAGUUCUGAAUUCCUAAUCCAUUGAUUGAAGUUUGUCUA